AUGGCCGUGUGUGCCCGGCUGUGCGGCGUGGGGCCGGCCCGCGGCUGCCGCCGGCGCGGCGCGGCCAGGGAGCAGCGCCGCGGCGCCGCCGACAGCGAGCCCGACACCGAUACGGACCCCGAGGAAGCGGGAGGCGGCGGCGUCACGGAGGACGAUGAAGCCGCGGAGCGCAUUGAAGGCGGGCGGCCGCUGCCGCCUUCUAUCGAGGCCUGCCCGGCCGGGCGGGCUCCGCUGUCUUUGUUGGAGCUGCCCCCGGAGCUCCUGGUGCAGAUCUUCGGCUCCCUGCCCGGUACCGACCUGCCCAGCCUGGCCCGAGUCUGCACCACCUUCCGCCGCAUCCUCCGCACCGACACGAUCUGGCGGCGGCGCUGCCGCGAAGAAUAUGGAGUGUGUGAAAACCUGAGGAAGCUGGAGAUCACAGGAGUGUCCUGUCAAGAUGUUUACGCCAAACGUAUAAACCCACGGGUGAAGUCGGGGCGUUUUAUGAAAAUCCUGCCCGACUACGAGCACAUGGAGUACAGAGAUGUUUACACCUGCCUGCUGCACCGCUACCGGCACAUCCUGGGAUUGUGGCAGCCGGACAUCGGGCCCUACGGGGGACUGCUGAACGUGGUGGUGGAUGGUUUGUUCAUCAUUGGCUGGAUGUACCUGCCCCCUCACGACCCUCACGUGGAUGAUCCCAUGAGAUUCAAGCCCCUCUUCAGGAUCCACCUGAUGGAGAGGAAAUGUGCCACGGUGGAGUGCAUGUAUGGCCACAAGGGACCUCAUAACGGCCACAUCCAGAUUGUAAAGAAGGACGAGUUCUCCACGAAGUGCAACCAGACAGAUCACCACCGGAUGUCAGGGGGCAGGCAGGAGGAAUUCCGGACGUGGCUGAGGGAGGAGUGGGGCCGGACUCUGGAGGACAUUUUCCACGAACACAUGCAGGAGCUCAUCCUGAUGAAGUUCAUCUACACCAGCCAAUAUGACAACUGCCUGACGUACCGGCGCAUCUACCUCCCCCCCAGCAGCCCCGAGGACCUCAUCCAGCCAGGCCUCUUCAAAGGCACCUACGGGAGCCACGGGCUGGAGAUUGUCAUGCUGAGCUUUCAUGGGAAGAAAGCCAAGGGCACCAAGAUCACUGGAGAUCCCAACAUCCCAGCUGGACAGCAGACUGUGGAGAUAGACCUGGCACAUCCUCUGCAGCUGCCUGACAUCGAGAACCUGCGCGACUUCAGCGAGCUCUCCCGCAUUGUGCUGGAGGUGCAGGAGCAGGUCCGGCGGGAGGAGCAGGAGCGGGAGCAGCGGCAGGAGGAGAAGGAGCAUUGCCAGCAGGCUGCCUCCCAGCCCGCCAGCCCCCUGGGAGGAGAAGGUGCUGAGGGGGAAGAGACUGCAGCUGGGGCAGAGGGGACGACCCAGGACAAGGCCCCAGCUUCCCAGCCCUUCGUGCUGCCCAUGGGAGUGAUAUCGAGGAAUGAGGAUUAUCCCCGCACCUGCCGAGUCUGUUUUUACGGGACAGGGCUCAUUGCUGGCCACGGCUUCACCAGCCCCGAGAGGACGCCGGGGGUGUUCGUCCUGUUCGACGACGACCGCUUCGGCUUCAUCUGGCUGGAGCUCAAAUCCUUCAGCCUCUACAGCCGCAUCAAGGUCUCCUUCCAGAACGCCCAAGCGCCUUCCCGGGAGGCCUUUGAUGAGAUGCUCAAGAACAUUCAGCCCCUGGCUACUUGAUGAGUGUUGGUGGUGAAGGACAGGGCUCGGGGUGGCAAAGGCUGCUGCGCUCCCCAGCCGGGGCUGGGGCAGGGAGUCCUCGCUCUCGGUACCUCUGGAUAGAAGCAUGCACUUUGAAUAAAGCCUUUUUACCCCAGAUGUGCACACAUCCCACUUCAGACAUCCGUGACUGCCCUUUCCUCUGUGCUGCUCCACGCUGCUCCCCAGAAGUCCUUGUUUCCCAGUCUGUGCUUCGGAGAGCUGAAGGGAUCCUGCAGAGGAGGGAGCAGACCUUCCUUAGUGCAAGCAAAGAAUGUAUUGGGACAAAACCAACUUCUGGUCAGAGCUGGACAGAGGAACAGGCAGUGACAAAGCUCAUCCUCCUCUCCAGAAACCUUUCUGUGGGUGCAGCAAUGCCAGGAGGGGCUGGUGUGAUACCUGCAUCCUUGCCAAUUGCAGUGUGUGGUUUCCUCUGGAGAAUUCCCUCAGCCAGGGAAGGAUCCCCACUGCAGAUGAGUGUGUGCAGCAUUGUCCUGGCUUCUGGAGCUUGUUGGAUGUGCUGUUCCUGAAGCUCCAGGUCUGGGUGUCUCCCUGAGAGCUGAGAUGAUUUUUUUUUCUCCUUGCAGGAGCUGGGUGUGGGACUGGAGAUGGGUGUAAACUGCAAAAGCUCUGAUGUGUUCAGGCUGGUUUGUACCUGAAAUGUUUUCUCACAUCUUGUAAAAUGGGUCUGAAAAGGCACAGGAAGGAGCCAAAAGAAGCCCAUCUCUGAGAUGAGCCCAGCAGAUGGGCAGCAGAGGGUGCCACAUGUCACUGGUCCUGUGUGACCCCAGGGCUGCCAUUCCUGUUCAGGUUUGCCCUUCAGAGUCCAGAGUGACAAGGGAUUGUCCUUGUACUGUGUGGCUUUUUCUGGCUCCUGGGGUGGUGGGUGCUGCUGCCCCACUCACAGAGCCCUUCUGUCCCUUUCUAGUUGCACUUGUUUGAUCCCAGGUGGUUUUGUGGCAGAUCUGAGCUCCGGUGGGAAUUGUGUGCUGCAGGCAAGGGAGCAGAUUCCCUUUAGACUGUGCUGUGCACAGAAAAUCCUGGCCAGUGCUCCUCUCCAGGCUGGGAGUUGUGCUAGAAACCAUCAGCACUAACACAAGCCUUUGUUGCAGCUGCCCUCUGGCUGUGAUGACAAACUCCAGGCCCCUUCUCUUCUCCCCAGAUCAGUGUCUAACAAAACCCUGCCAUUACAUCUCUGCAGUUUUAGGUCUGUAAAUGUGUCUGUACCUGUGCUGGCAGGUUUCAGGCCCUUUCUGUGGAGAAAUUUCAGUCCCUGCCUGGUUCCAGUGCCUGUGAGCAGCUUUUAUUCUCACUCUCACAAGGGCUUUUUGCCAUUUCUGGCUCUCAUGUGUUCCCUCAGCUGUGUGAGAAGCCAGGCUCCAGCAGAGACAUGAGCAGCAGCUCAUGUCACUCACAGGAUUAAUUCCUGUCUCUCUGGAUAGAGCUCUCCAAACCUCUGGGAAUUUCAAGGUGAUUUAGGGCACUUUUUGCUUUGUUUCCUGCAGCUUUGUGAGGAGUGGCAAGCCUGCCUCAGUGUUGGGGGUGAGGAGCUCUUACAGGCCUGGUGAAUGAGCUGGGAAGAGCAGGGUGGUUGUGAGAGGUUUUCCUGCAGAGGGAAGAGCCAGCUGGGAUCACACAGGGCUGGGAGAGAGGGAGAGGCUGCUCUCUGUGCCUUGCUGAGUGGGCAGAGAGGGGACCUGGAGCUGAAAUGGGGCGUCCCAGCCUUGUGCUGCAGCUGCUGGGCUCUGUGCAGAGCUCCUGCCUGGUUUGCAGACAGGUUUCCAGCUUGGUGCAGGUUUCUGGGACAGCUGAAGAUGUUCAGUGCUGGGUUAAUGGUUGGACUCGAUCUCAGAUCUUCUCCAACCUAAAUGAUUCUAUGAUUAGGACUUUAUUUGGUAUCUCAGUGGCCUGUUUAUCUUGGAAUUUGCUGUAGGGCUGCUGCAGUUCUGCCUUGUGUUCUAACAGUCCAAAGGGAUGGGAGAUGUGCCCUUGGGCUGCUGUUCCCAUUGCCUGUCCCUAAAACCAGCUCUUCUUCAGCUGGAUCUGUAGCUCUGAUUGCAGAUUCCUCCCCACUUCAAUAUCCCUCCCCCAAAAAAAAAAUCCUGAAGUUUUAAACAACUGACUUAUUAAUUUUUGCUUUUAGAUUUUAAAUUACAGUUAAAUUUUUUUAAAUGGAGAUUAAAAUCCAGAUUGCACUGAUUGCCCUGCAAGUACCUGAGGCUUGAGUCACUCUCCCAAGUACUGAUCUAUCUGUAGCCUCUGUCCUUUGUCAGCUGGGCAAGGUGUCACCUGUUUGUUGUUGGCACAGAUUGUGCAUCUGCUCUUCUCCAGGCUUUUUAUCCCUUCUGGACCUUUCCAGUGGCAGUGCCAAGGGUCUCCUGAUGGCCAAACCUGCUUGGCUGGCUGGAGAGAAGGGCUUUGGUGGAGGCUGAUGCUCUGUGGGAAUUUUCCCAGCUCUGCCUUGCCCCUGUAGUGGCAUCUUUUUAUUUAUAACUCACCUGGCUGGCCUCAAAAUGUCAGGAUAAUUUCCUGAUUAAAGGGAAAACUGCUGGAACCCCCUGGCUUCAUUCUGUCUGGAGCAAAGGAAAUAGCAAAUUUUGUAUUAAUAUUCCUCUGAUGCCUUUUCUCACCUUCUGCUGCUCCGAGCCUGGCAGGCUUUUGUGGCAUUUCAGAAGAAAAUUCCCUCUGGUUUGGCUGAGGGUGAGGAAGGCAUCCAGUGAAGAUGGAUUUGGGAAUGCUGGGAUGUUCCUGUGCCCAUUCCUUUGUGCGUGGCUCUGCCAGUGCUUCCAGAGCAAAGCAGGAUAACAUGGAGUUAAAACUCCCAGCUCUGGAAUCUUUGGGAAAGGGGAGACAGAUUUAGGAGCGGGCAGUCUGGAUUUGAUCCCCCUGUGCUGAGGGGGAUGCUCCUGCUUUCCCAGUGCUGCCUUUCCUCGUGGGAAGCUGUGCUGACAGGACAGGGCUUUGCUGUGCUUGCUCAUGGUUGGUACAGGCUGUUCCACCCCCUGCACAGCUCUGCAUUCCCCACUGCUUUCCCAAAUCCCAGUUUUGCAGCCCGUUGGGAUCUUUGUGAGAGCUGUUGACAGGGAUAAUGUGUGCUGGGGCCCUGCAGAUGGUGAUAAAUCUCUGCUGCCGACAUCUCCCCGUCCUUUUGGCUCUGCAGGAAAUCUUGGGGACAGUUGGCUGGAUUUCUUCAUCCCAGAUGGGUGGAAAGUGCUGGCGAGGAUGGAAAACAACUUGUCAGGGGUAGGAAUACUCUUGGCAGGAGCCUUUUGGAUUAAACAAAGCCUUUGCAGGGAGGCUGCAGAGCCCCAGUGGCCACUGCGAGACCUGGAGCUGAAUUCUGGCUCGGGGACAACUCGGGGACAAGUGUCUGGUUCAGUGUGCUGGGGAUGGGUUCUGCUCCUCCAUCCUGCUCCCUGUGUUGUCAAAAAACAUGGAUUUGGCCAGCUGGAGAAGAAGAACAUCAGAGCUCCAGUUUGUUUGCCUUGGGCCUGGUUUGAGAGCUGUUAAUGUGCUGUGCUCAGGCGUGGUGGUUGUGGGGGACUCGCUGCCCUCCACGGGGAUUUGUCAGGCUGGAUUUUACUGAGGAGGAGGAAAAAGGAUGGAAUUGUUUGUAAAUUUGGGUGUCAGCUCCAUUGUGGGGUGAGCAGCAGCGCUGCUCCAGCUGCCCUGGAAUGGGACAGCAGCAGGGGGAGGGCAGUUCCUGAGGAAAUGUGUGCUGGGGAAAAAGGGAAUUCUGUGCUCCCAGGAAAAGCCCAAGCCACAGCUGGCUCCGUGUUUACUUUUCAACAAGGAUGACUUUUUCUUGGCUAUUAAUUAAUUUAAACCUAGUGGAACUUGAUGGGAGUGUUGGGUGUUGUGUGGAAAUGGGUUGUUUAGGCUCAACUUGCUAGUUUAGGGAAUGAUAAUGUGUUAACUGUGUCUUGUAGCUGGCUGCUCACGUGGCCACUGAUCCUCUGUGCUGUUCAGCUGCCAAAGGCUCCUGCUGCCCUUACCAGUGGGACAGUGAAUUAUUUGGGAUGUGGAGUGGAAGAGAGAGGUACCAAACUGUGAGUGCCACUGACCUUUGGGUGCUUUGUGUGCUGAACUCAAAUGUGUGGUUCUGGUUUUUGUUUGGAUUGCAGUCCUUGGAACUUUUGAGGCAAAGAGCACUUGGCUCGACUGUGUUCAUUAGCUUAAUUAAAGCAAUCUGCACUUUUGUUUUGUCAUUGAUUACUCCCCCUUCCCCAUUCCCAUGUGUAUUUUGCACUCACCACUUUAACAUGACACUGAUGGAUUAAUCUGGGCAUUUCCUGUAGGUUUUGAGUGUGGGUAAGUCUCUUUAUUAUAAAAAGUAUCAAAAAUGGAGGUGAAGCAUAAAUCCCUGCUCUCUACAGAGGGCAGUGGGAGGAAACCAUUGGACAUCCACCACCACAGAUAUCCAUGUAGAACAUGAUAAGCUGCAUUUUAACCACCUCACCUGUCCAAGGGCUGGGGGUUUGCCUGUUCUUUUCUUGGUGGCUUUGAGAGGAAUGGGAUGUAUAAAAUCAACACCUGGCCUACUUCACCCCAGGUUUUGGAAAGCUGAGCGAGCCCUGUGUGUUACUUUUACACCUGAUCAUUGUUACCCAAGGAGCCUUUUCCAAUUUCAAAUAAUAAAAAGCAAAGUUUUGUGAACUUA